UGGUUUUCUGGAAGCUCCGUGGAGCUGAACAUCCAGGCAGGCACACUGGCGACAGAGUGGAAGGGGGGAAAAGGCGACAGUUUAGGGGGCGAAAAACCAUAAAUCACCGGGCUGAAAAAGUGUUACCGGGCCGAGGAGAAAGACCCGGAGAGUGGCGCUGCUGAAGGUUUGAAUCCGCCCGUCAGCUGUCCGUGCACGCGACAGGAGGGUCUGUUUGGUGUGCCUCCCUGAAAACAAGAAAGAGUAAAGGCUGCUCUGGAAGUGGAGAUCACUGUAACCCACCUGGAUCCUCGCUGCACCCGAGCCCGAUGCACACCAUACACCGGGUCUGCGUCUCCCCCCCUGCGUAACCGGAGCCGUCGCGAGCGGAGUAGUUUACGGUAAUGUCGGUCUGACAGCCACGUAUGGUUUGCUUUUUGACACGGGAUUACGAGACCGGGAAGCAGCGGGAAAGGCGGGGCCGAACCGGUGGACUCCCAAACUGGAUUAUUGAGCUCCCCCUGUGCCGUCAGCGACGCAGCGUUGUUUGGGGGCGGGGGGCGGGGUGGGGGGGGUCGACGAAGGAGGCAACAACUGGAAUUUAGAACCCGUUUUUUGGAACUCUUUCACGGCUAACUGCUGCCCUGCUGCGGACGGCGCGAGCGGGGUUUUCUUCAGUUAUAUUUCUGUAAAAACGGCCAGCUCCUUGUGGCCUCCGUUCACCUAGUUUAUUUAGGCGCACCAUCAGGUUUGGGACCCAUAUUUUGGGGAUAAUUCCCCCCCCCAACCGGGGUCGGACUAUGGCGGACGACGACAUUCUCUUUGAAGAUGUGUACGAGCUCUGCGAGGUCAUUGGCAAGGGUCCCUUCAGCGUGGUGAGGAGAUGCAUCAACAGAGAGACGGGGCAGCAGUUUGCUGUCAAAAUCGUGGAUGUGGCCCAGUUCACCUCCAGUCCUGGACUCAGCACGGAGGAUCUGAAGCGGGAGGCCAGCAUCUGCCACAUGCUGAAGCACCCCCACAUCGUGGAGCUGCUGGAGACGUACAGCUCCGACGGGAUGCUCUACAUGGUUUUUGAGUUUAUGGACGGAGCAGACUUGUGUUUUGAGAUCGUGAAGAGGGCAGACGCUGGCUUUGUCUACAGCGAGGCCGUCGCCAGUCACUACAUGAGACAGAUCCUUGAGGCGCUACGCUAUUGCCACGACAACAACGUCAUUCACCGAGAUGUGAAGCCUCACUGCGUGCUACUGGCGUCCAAAGAGAACUCGGCUCCGGUGAAGUUGGGCGGCUUCGGAGUCGCCAUCCAGCUCGGAGAGUCGGGACUGGUGGCCGGAGGUCGGGUAGGAACCCCCCACUUCAUGGCCCCCGAGGUGGUGAAGAGAGAGCCGUAUGGUAAACCUGUGGACGUGUGGGGCUGCGGAGUCAUCCUCUUCAUCCUCCUCUCAGGCUGCCUGCCGUUCUACGGCACCAAGGAGCGUCUGUUUGAGGCCAUCUGCAGGGGCAAAUACAAGAUGAAUCCGCGGCAAUGGGCCCAAAUCUCAGAGAGCGCUAAGGAUCUGGUGAGGCGCAUGCUGAUGCUGGACCCCGCUGAGAGGAUCACCGUCUACGAGGCUCUGAACCACCCCUGGCUGAAGGAGAGGGACCGAUAUGCGUACAAAAUCCACCUGCCAGAGACCGUGGAACAGCUGAGAAAGUUCAACUCCAGGAGGAAGCUCAAGGGGGCUGUUCUGGCUGCGGUGUCUAGUCACAAGUUUAAUUCCUUCUACGGAGACCCCCCCGAGGAACUUCACGACUUCUCCGAAGACCCCACCUCCUCAGGACUGCUAGCAGCAGAACGUGCUGUGUCUCAGGUGUUGGACAGUCUAGAGGAGAUCCACGCCCUGACCGACUGCAGUGAGAAGGAUCUAGAUUUCCUUCACAGUGUUUUCCAGGACCAGCAUUUACACACACUGCUCGACCUCUACGAUAAGAUCAACACCAAGUCCUCCCCACAGAUCAGGAACCCCCCCAGCGAUGCCGUGCAGAGAGCCAAAGAGAGUUCCUCCCAAGACGAAGCAAGUGGCGCUUUGAAACAUCUGGAAUAUGUACUGGAAGAGAUCUCCUGCUACCCAGAGAACCACGAAGCUAAGGAACUCAGACGGAUACUGACCCAGCCUCAUUUCAUGGCCUUGCUGCAGGCCCACGACGUGGUGGCCCACGAGGUUUACAGCGACGAGGCUCUGAGGGUGACACCCCCCCCCACCUCGCCCUACCUGAACGGAGACUCGCCCGAGAGCACCAACGGAGACAUGGACCUGGAGAACGUCACCAGGGUGCGCCUGGUCCAGUUCCAGAAGAACACAGAUGAGCCAAUGGGCAUCACGCUGAAGAUGAACGAGUCAAACCACUGCAUCGUAGCGAGGAUAAUGCACGGGGGGAUGAUCCACAGACAAGGAACGUUGCACGUAGGAGACGAGAUCAGGGAGAUCAACAGCAUCAGUGUGGCCAACCAGACUGUUGAGCAGCUGCAGAAGAUGCUGAGAGAGAUGCGAGGCAGCAUCACUUUCAAAAUAGUGCCAAGUUACCGGACGCAGGGCUCCUCGUGUGAGAAAGAGUCCCCCAACACCUCCAUCGUGCAGUCCCCUGCCAACGGCCACUCCAGCAUUAACAGUUCUAUCUUGGACCUGCCGUCAACCAUUCAGCCCAAGGGUCGACAGAUUGUAUCGAGACCUCCAAUCAAGGACAAAAUGUCUGUAAAGAUCUACGUGAGGGCUCAGUUUGAAUACGACCCCUCCAAAGACGAGCUCAUCCCCUGCAAGGAGGCCGGCAUUCGCUUCCAGGUGGGCGACAUCAUCCAGAUCAUCUCCAAGGACGACCACAACUGGUGGCAGGGCAAACUGGAGAACACCAAGAACGGCACGGCGGGCCUCAUCCCGUCGCCAGAGCUGCAGGAGUGGCGAGUGGCGUGUAUAGCCAUGGAGAAGACCAAGCAGGAGCAGCAGGCCAGCUGCACCUGGUUUGGCAAGAAGAAGAAGCAGUACAAAGACAAGUAUUUGGCAAAGCACAACGCAGGUACACCACUCACACACACACACACACACACACGCGGAAAAGGUUCAUCAGAGGCUCACGAGCUGAUAAACCUCAGCAGAGAUAAUGACUAG